AUGGACUUUAAUCAGUUUAUGAGCUUCCAGCAAAAAUUUGGUAGCGAAACGGACAACUCCCGACAGAAAACGAGGCCAGAGACACAGCAUGGAGGCUCAGUUGGCAACAGCACUGAGUCCGAAGGUAGAAAGGCGCAUUUGUCAAUUGACACCGAGCUAAAGGGCGACUUGGAAGCAAACCAAGGACCCAUCAGCGACAUGCAGAGUCUUUUUUUUUCGCCCACAAGUGACGGAGGCCCAGAGGGAUUCCCCAUGGGCUCAAAUAUGACAACCCCGACAAUCACUAUAGAACAAUCAUUCGAGGACCAUACGGGCAUUCAGGACUCGUUACCAGCGGGUAUACCUGGAAACCACAUAGCGGGAUACUCAGAGAGUGUCCAAAGGCCGUUCUGGGCGUCUCAGCAGCAUCAACACCAUCAACACCAGCAAUACCAGCAUCUUCAGCACCAACAACAUCUACCGUCAACGUACCAGCCCGAUUACGGGCCUCCUUUUGACCUCAACCAACCGCAAACUCUGCUUUCACCAAACGUGCUGGACGACUCCUUUUCUACUGGGUCCGUAUCUUCGCACUCCAUACAUUCAGCUGGCUCCUACAACCAUCAUUUAUCAGGCGAAUGGCAGCCAAACGACGUGGCACUCUCUCCGGCACCCUCCAGAUUGACCACGGGCGACGAUGAGCUAGACGAAAUCUUAAGCGUCAACUCAACUAAUGAACCCUUCUACGACGCCGAGUUUGAGCCCCUGGCAGAGAGCAUACCGGCACAAUCCGCCGGCGGCUUUCCUAACUCGGUAGAAGAUAUCUUCGGCGACACGUAUACACAAUUUGACCGCGCAAAUGCUACAGAAAGAAUCCUGGAUGUGAAAAGUCCGAACUUCUUGAAACCUCAGAUUUCGAUCGAGGAGUUCAAAUCUUUCUCUCCCAGCGAUGUGCUGCAAAAUAGAGUACUGAGCAACUUGUCUUCUCCGGUGUCUUUCCACACCGCACGUCAAAAUACGCAUUUUCUCUCUGUGCAGCCGGACGAAUCAGAGGCCUUGAGCGAGGAUGACUCUGAGGUUCAUACUGCAAUGCGCCAAGGGCGCAAGGCUAGACGCCAAUCAAUUCAAGUGGCUCGCCGAUCGAGUUCCUCCAGAAGACGAUUAUCGGUGGAUGAAAAGGCUAGAUCGUUGAGCGAAGACAGAGAUAGGCUACUUGAACUAGCAGCGCUGAAACCAAGCAAAUCUCAAAAUGAUUGCCCUGAAGAUAACACGGACUUUGGGUCGUUCAAGUUCGAUGAGUCGCCUUCGACAGACUCCAACGACACGAAUCAAGGCAAAAGCGCCCAGAAAAACCCUGCCAUAUACUCAUGCCAUGUUUGCGACAAGAAAUUCACCAGGCCCUACAAUCUCAAAUCGCACCUACGCACGCACACUGAUGAAAGGCCAUUCGUGUGCAAUAUAUGUGGCAAGGCGUUUGCACGACAGCAUGAUCGGAAACGCCACGAAGAUCUACACACCGGCAAGAAAAGAUAUGUGUGCAUGGGAACUCUCAAAGACGGAACUCAAUGGGGUUGCGGCAAGAAGUUUGCCCGAAGCGAUGCAUUGGGACGACAUUUCAAGACAGAGGGCGGAAAGCGGUGCAUUGCCCCAUUAUACGAAGAAGUAACCCGUGAGAGAGCUGCAGGACGGAAAGUAAACUUCGACCUGCCGAUAGACCUUUGA